GGCUUCUGUCUGGUGCCUGAUGCUGUCCAGAUGGGCUCUUGUCCCCCAAGAGCCUAUAACUAGUUAUGCUGAUUUGAUAAAUAAUGGCUGGCUGAAUGGAUGAUGAUAUUUGAAACUCUCAUGAGAUGUAAAGACGUCUGGCAGAAGUUUAUGUUAUCUGUUUCAACUCAUAGACUUUUUUUUUUAAAUCCUUUAUCACCAAUGGAAAAUGAAUCUUAUUUUACAACUUUUAUCCUUACUGAAUUUCAGUACUUGGGGAGUAAUAAACACAUAUACUUUUCUCUUGCACUAACAGCCUAUCUUUUAAUCAUAAUUUUUAAUUGUUCAUUAAUAUUAUUAAUAUAUGUUGAAAAACACCUUCAUGAGCCAAUGUACAUUUUUCUUUGUAAUUUGUUAUUCAGUGAGCUCAUUGGAUCUACAACAUUUUAUGUUAAAUUCAUGAUUGAUCUUGAAGCAGACACGCAAGAGGUUUCCCGUGCAGUUUGUUUUAUUCAGAACUAUUUUGUUUACCUUUAUGUUACAGCUGAAAUCACAAUUUUAACAGUUAUGGCACAUGACAGGUAUAUAGCAAUAAAUUUCCCAUUGCAUUACACUGUCAUCAUUUCAACUAGAAAGAUACAAAUACUCAUUUUUGUUGCUUGGAUUUUUCCAAUAUUAAUAUUAAUAAUUGGUAUGUCAUUAUCUGCACGACUUCCAUUAUGUGGUAAUCAAAUUAAUAGAGUGUACUGUGCUAAUUGGGAAAUUGUCAAGCUGUCUUGCACAAACACUAAUUCUAACAAUAUUUAUGGAUUUUUGUUAAUGUUUACAUGUUUUAUUCCUUUCAUAUUCAUUAUUUAUUCUUACAUGAAAAUUCUUAAAGUGUGUUGGAGCAGUUGUAAAUCUCAGAAAUAUAAAGCUCUUCAAACCUGCCUCCCACAUUUGGUAACAUUAAUUUUAUUUCUAAGUUCGGUACUUUUUGAAGUGAUAGAAAGCAGGGUUAAUAUAAAGAGAGUCAGAAAUGCCAUCACUUCUUUUGCUUCUUUAGAAUUUUUAACUGUUCCUCCACUUUUAAACCCAAUAAUAUAUGGCAUGAUCUUACCUGAGAUUCGUAAAAGAGUUAUUAGAAUACUUUCAUGUAGAAAUAAAAGAGGCAGCAUUAAAUUACUCAAAUAAUCAAGCAAGUGUGCUGCAGUAUAUUGUUGAGCUGCUAUUGUCUUUAUGUUGUUUACAACAAAUU